AUUUUGUUGCGAUAUUUGAAUAUAUGUCGCCCAAAGUGUUAGCUCGAGAUAUGUCCGAAAGGUCUUAUAUUAUUGAAUGCCUUUCGCCAAUAUUUCGUUCUUUUAGAAAUGCAUUUCCCGAAGUUAGAUACGAGUGGAUCGAGAAAGAUGUCAAAUCUUUAAAGGAAGCUGGCAAUAUGUUUGCAGUCAACGUAAGGGCUCGGAAAACUGAUCUGUUGGUUAUGAGGCUGUCUGAUGGCAAGGAAAUUUUACAUAUCGAAGUGUCUGGGCCACCUUACAAACCAGAAAAUAAACAUACAGUUGGAGACGCAAAAAAAUUACUCGUGAUGGCC